AAAAUAUAAAACCUCAGAGCUGCAGCCUACAGGAACAUAUAACAUGUAGCCCCAUUUGCUCCCUAUAUAAAUUACAACCCCAUCCGAAAGGGAUUACAAAAUCUGAGUUUUCCUCAUAACCUCACCCCUUGAUAUCUUUCAUUCAAGCAUUGCAGAGUGGACACGUUUUUCUUACUUUUCUAGAUUAUACAAGGGUGUUUUGAGUGAUGGCGGAUAUCAGUGACCAAGCCUUUGAGCUUAUUGUAAAGAAAGAAGAACCAACUCUGGUGCCUCCUGAAUCCGAAACGGAGAAGGGCCUGUACUACCUCUCGAACCUGGACCAGAACAUUGCGGUCAUAGUCCGAACCAUGUACUGCUUCAAGUCGGAUUCAAAAGGGAACGAAGAAGCUGCGGAAGUCAUAAAGAAAGCAUUAUCAAAAAUUCUUGUUCACUAUUACCCUUUUGCAGGAAAGUUAACUAUCAGCACAGAAGGGAAGCUGAUUAUCGAUUGCACAGGAGACGGUGCUAUGUUUGUUGAAGCUGAAGCCAACUGCGAAAUGGAAAAGAUAGGUGACACAACAAAGCCUGAUCCUAAGACUCUUGGGAAUCUAGUUCAUGAUAUUCCUGGUGCCAAGAACAUACUUGAGAUUCCUCUUUUGACAGUUCAGGUGACUAAAUUCACAUGCGGAGGGUUUGCUCUAGGGCUAUGUAUCAACCAUUGUACGUCCGAUGGUAUCUCCGUAAUGGAAUUUAUCAACUCAUGGGGUGAUAGCGCAAGAGGCUUGCAGCUCAAGGUUGUGCCAUUUCUCGACAGAAACAUACUCAAACCCAGAAACCCACCAAAGAUAGAGUUUUCUCAUGAUGAAUUCUUUCAGAUCGAAGACAUAUCUGAAAACUACAAGCUCUAUGAGGAAGAAGAACUGCUAUACAGCGCCUUCUGUUUCAACCCUGAGAAGCUCGAAAAGCUGAAGAAAAUGGCCAUGGAAGAUGGGGUUCUUGAAAACUGCACAACAUUUAAAGCGCUCUCUGCCUUUGUGUGGAGAGCUAGAACUAAGGCCUUGAGAAUGAGACCAGAUCAAAAAACGAAGCUCCUUUUCGCCGUUGAUGGGCGCUCAAAACUUGAGCCACCAGUACCAGAAGGGUUAUUUGGGAAUGCAAUUUUGUUGACGCAUGCAAUGUGCAGUGCUGGGGAGUUACUGGAAAAUCCGCUUUCAUUUGCAGUUGGGUUAGUUGAUAAGGCGGUUAAAAUGGUGACGAGCAGUUACAUGAGGUCGGUGGUCGAUUACUUUGAAGUGACAAGAGCUAGGCCUUCUUUGGCAGCAACCCUUUUGAUAACAGCUUGGUCCAAGCUAAGUUUCCACACAACUGACUUUGGCUGGGGAGAGCCUGUGUUUUCAGGGCCGGUGGGUUUGCCUGAGAAGGAAGUAAGUUUGUUUCUACCUCAUGGAGAAGAUAGGAAAAGCAUACAUGUGCUUUUGGGUUUGCCAGCUUCUGCUAUGGAGAUCUUUGAAGAUCUGACGAGGCAGAUUUAAGGGGGAAAAACUUAAUUACAUACACCUGGGUGUGUGGCAUCUCAGACUAAUAAUACAAUGUCAUAUAUAUUUCAAUUAUCCCACGUGAUAUUGUAUUAUUAGUUCCAUAUGCCACAAUGACAUUCUGGAGUGUAGUCUAUCUUGAUUUAAGGAGAACGAGAACCAAUAAUAUUAAAAACCCUAAUCCAAAACCAAGAUUUGAAGAAAGAAAUCUUGGGAAUAAAAGGGUGGUAGUAGAAAGAAAUUGCAAGUUUAUCGUGCAUAUUCGCAACUUCAUAUCUAUUUUAUGUGUUUCAUGUUGUCAGGCCAACAUUUGAAUCAGAUUUUCUUUUCAAUAACAUCUACCAUUUGCUUGUACUCAUCAUAUCCAUACCAUUAAUAACUAAGAAAGCUUCAUUUUGUAGCAAACA